UUAAUUCAAUUCAUAUUAUAAGAAAUUAGUUUUCAAGUCGUAUAAGUGUAAGAUUGGUAGAAGGAUGAGAAGAUGAGGGUUUGUGUUGUGGGGGAUGAGAAGGAGGCCCGGCGGGGGACCAUGUAAACAACUCUUCCACAAGAUGGCUGCCCCAUUAAGCCAGAAAGAAUAUCUAAAGAAGUACCUGAGUGGUAAUGAUCCUGAAAAGAAAAAGAAGAAAAAGAAAAAGAAGGAUAAACUCUCUGGUUCUAGCAAAGGAAUGCGGAUAAUUGAAGAUUCUCUCGAUUUGAAAAAUGUACCCUAUGGAUGUGUAAAUGAUGAUGAUAAACCUACAGUAGCUGAAGUUACAUAUGAUGAUGAAAAAAUGAAAUUUAUGGAGGAAUUUCAAGAAAACAGAAGGUGGAAGAAGAUAAUUGACAAAGAGGGUAAGGAGGAGGAUCAUGAUUACCAGCAUGCCCAGAGAAAAACAAAAGAUUCUCCAUCACGAAGAGCAAGACAUGGCUCUGGAUCUCCACCAAGGAAAAAAAGACAUGACUCUGAAUCUCCACCACGAAAAACCAGGUAUGACUCAAAAUCUCCACGAAGGAGAAGACAUGAUUCUGGAUCACCUCCAAGAAGAGCAAAGCAUAACUCAAGAUCUCCACCCUGGAGGGAAAGACAUGACUCUGGCUCUCCACCACCUAGAGCAAGGCAUGAAUCUCGAUCUCCACCACUGAGGACAAGACAGGACUCUGGAUCUCCGCAACGGAGGAGACAAGAUUCUGGUUCACCACUACUCGUUAUCAGAAGUGAGUCCAAAUCCCCUCGAGUGAGAAAACAGGAUCAGAGUUCUGACAAAUCACCUCAGUCAGGUGAUGCAAAGAUUUCUUCAGUAAAGAGACCAAGACAUGAUUCAGAUUCAUAUCCAUUAGGAAAUAUGGAAAAUAAACAAAAUACAAAUUCUUCUGAAUUGUCAUCAAGGAGAAAAAGACAUGAUUCUGACCUUUCACCUGAAAGAAAAAGACAUGAUUCAGAGACCUCACUUUCAAGAAAGAGACAUGAUUCAAGCACUGCAUCUCCUGACAGAAAACAGCAUGAUUCAGACACAUCACCUUCUGGAAGAGGGCAUGAUUUGGAAACUAUACCUCCUGGUAGAAAUAAACAUAAUUCAGGUAUUUCACCUCAAAGAAUUCGUGAUUCAGAUGCAUCACACUCACAGAUGAACAGGCAUGAUUCGCACACGCCGCCACAACGAAAAAAGAGAGAAGAUUCAAAUGCCUCACCUCAGAGAACAGUCAAAGACGAAUCCAGCAUGUCACCCUUAAGAGGUAAACAUGACUCAGAUACUUCACCUCCAAGAAAAGGGCAUGAGGCUCUAUCUUAUAGGCCUAGGAGGAAAAGAAGUGAUUCUGAAAUGUCUCCUCUUAGAAAGGAGGAAAUUGAAUCAGAUUUAUCACCACCUAGAAAUAAAAGUAGUGAUUCUGACACAUCUCCCCCACGGAGAAAAAGGAAUGACUCAGACUCUUCAUCUCCUGGAAGAAGGAAGUUUGAAUCUGAUUCACCACCACCCAGGAGGAGGAAUGAUUCUGAUACCUCACCUCCUAGGAAAAAAAGAACUGAAUCUCGCCCUUCCUCACCAAGGAGUAAAAGGAAUGAUUCUGACUCUUCACCUCCAAGAAGGAAAAAGAAUGAUUCUCAAUCCUCUCCUCCAAGGAGAAAAAGGAAUGAUUCUGAUGCCUCACCACCUCGAAAAAAAAGAAAUGAUUCAGACUCCUCACCACCAAGGAGAAAAAGAAAUGACUCGGAUUGCUCUCCGCCCAGAAAGAAAAUGGAUGAUUCACAUAAUCAUUCACAGAGAGAAAGUGGGCAGCAUCCAGAACGCAAAAUGACCACUCAAGAAUAUCUCCUAGCCAGGAAGAGGGGUCAACUAAAGAAAGACACUCCAGAAGAUAUUGCCAGGAAGGAAAGAGAGGCAGUGUUGCAGCGUCAGGCUGAAGAAAAGCACCAACAGUGGAAACAUGGUGUAAAGCAGGUUCAGGAGUAUCAACAAAAGGUAGCUGACGAAAUGCAUGAAAUGGGUAAAGCCUUUGCAAGAACUGCAGAUGAUGUCGACAUGAAUGAUCGAUUGAAAGUUGUAGCUCGAAAAGAAGAUCCGAUGUUAGACUAUAUUAUGCAGAAGGAAGUUAAAUCAAAUAAACAGGCAGUUAAACCAAUAUAUAAAGGCUCAUUUCCUCCAAACAGACUAAAUAUUCGACCUGGCUAUAGGUGGGAUGGAGUAGACAGGUCAAAUGGCUUUGAGAAACAGUGGUUUGAGCGUCAGAACAGUAGGAAGGCUCAGGAUGAAGAAGCAUACAAGUGGAGUGUAGCUGACAUGUAGAUCUGUAAUGCAAGUACAAAAUCAUUGAGAGAUUUUAUGUCAGUGGUAAAAUUUUUUUGUGUUAGAUCACAUUUUUUUCAUUAAACACUUUCAUAAUGAUCAAUUCAACAUUUUGCUUUUAAUUAGUUUUCAUGAAUUUUUAAUGAAAGGGAAAGAUAUGAAGCAUUGUAGCUCUAUUGGUAUUUUCUCCAUUAUUAAAAAGUUAUGUAAAGAAAUUUGAUUAAGAAAUGUAGUUUCAUCCUUCUAACCUGAGUACACAAGACGAGUUUUGUCUGAUGCAUGUUAAAUUAGUGUCUCCUUGUUAUAUUUAGUGUUCAACUUAUAUGUCAGGUUAACCAUUACACAAUGUUAAAAUAGGGAGGAUUGUUUAUAAAGCAUUAUAUUUUUAAGUUAAAGCCAAAAUGAUCUUCAGUACGUCUGAAUAAAUUUUGUUAAUUACUGUACUGUGGAAGUGUGAUACCUGCAAAUAAUUUAAAAUCUUCCAUAUGCAAUUUUGUGAGCUCUGAUAUCUACAUCCAAACAGGAUUAGACAGUCACUUGUUAACUUUAUUUGUGUAUUUAAAGCACAUUUAGUAAUUUAAUUAUUGCAAUAUAAUUUAAAUAUUUAUCUUGUAUUAAAAAAAUCUUAGUUUUAGUUGUAAAUAAUAAUUUGUCUAGUUCAUGUGGUAUACAUUUCUUUUGAGGAAAUUUGAACAGUAUUUGCCCGAAUGAUUGCUUAAAUCUUGUCUUUGGUUGUUUUAAAACAUUUCCCAUAUAAAUUCUUUAUCAUAGGUGAACCAAGCUCCUGUCUACAGGUGGCAUUAGCAUAUUAAUCAGUCUGUCCCACUGUCUAUGGGUGCACAUGGCAAAAGAAUUUCAGCAUGUACAUUUCCCUACAUAUCUUGAAAUUAAAUUACACUGCCUAUGUCUACUUUGCUAGUGAGAAUAAAAUGUGACAGCA